AUGGCCAGGGCAGAAGAUGUAAAAGUGAAGCCUCGCUCGAAACGGGCAAAGCGGAUUAUGGAAAAGCGCGAACCGAAGCUGGUGGAAGAGGUCAAGACAGUGCUCUUGUUGCACGGCAAUAAAACGAGCCAAGUCACAAAGGACGUCCUGACAGACAUCCACAGACUGAAAUUCAGGGAAGCACUGAAGCUGAGCCGGAAAAACGACGACAUGAAGCCGUUUGAGCCAGGCGGUGAGACCCACUUGGAGCAUUUGGCGCGCAAAGCCGACUGUGGCAUGUUUGUGCUGGACUCGCACACCAAGAAGCGCCCGCACAAUCUCAUCCUCGGCAGGUUCUUCGACCACAGGGUGUACGAUCUGUUGGAGCUCGGUGUGGACAAGUACAGAGCCAUCCGGGAAUUUGCAGCAGCCGCCGCCUCUGUGCAAGCAGGCAACAAGCCGUGCUUUGCGUUUGUGGGGGAGCAGUUUGAGAGCGACCCAGACUUCCGACUGGCCAAGAGCAUGCUGCUGGACCUGUUCAGGGGGCGCCUCGUGGAGAGCAUCAACCUCAAGGGCGUGGACCAUGUGAUAUUUGUGGCUGCGAUGGACAGGAAGCUGCUGCUGCGGCCCUACGCCAUCCGCUUCAAGAAGUCUGGCACCAAGAUCCCCCGGGUGGAGCUUGCGGAGAUGGGCCCUGAGAUGGACCUGUCCAUCAGGCGCACGCGGCCGGCAGCUGCCGACCUGGAAAAGGAAGCCAUGAAGCGUGCUCUGAUCCACAAGAAAAAGGAGAAGAAUGUGUCGAGGGAUAAUCUGGAAGGCAAGGUGGGCCGCAUGUAUGUGCCGCGGCAGGAAGUUGAAACCAUGCCUCUGCGCAAGAUGAAGGGGUUGAAAAGGGAUCGGCGGGAGACAGCUGUUGCUGCCAAGGCGGAGAAAAAGCAGCGAAGCGAGGGUGCUCCAACUCCUGUAUCUGUCUGA